AUGAACCGGUUAAAGUUUGCAGGGGAUGCUUAUUGGCGCUGUGGAAGACAUCGAGGGAGAGGAGGCGAUGAAGGAAUGGGUAGCGAAGGCGGCAGUGACGAUGGGAGAACGAGUAGCACGAAGACCGAGAGGCACGAGGAGAUGGACGGUCUACAAGAUGAUGGUGAAGUGGAAAAUUGUGGAGGAGAAUUAAAGGAAUACCGGCUAAUCAAGUUCUAUGGACAUCCCUCAUCGAGGUCCUAUGCUCCCCGAAAGAGCGGUACCGAGAGCUCGCGAUAUUUUGAUGAAGUUUCGCGACAACGAAGACUUCAAGGUGUCAAAAUACAAUCCCCUAAAGCAUUCACGUUUCAUCAGGAGCAUUCUCUGGAGCUGUACGCUUAUAUCAGGAAGUGCCUGUAUUUGGUUUGCUCUGAAAGUUCUGUCACCUAAAUUUAAAAUGUAAGCAAUUAAGAUUUUAUUUUUAUUUCGUACUGGAAUCUUUCAUUUCUGCUACGUUAUGUAUUCUGUUACAUUACAUUAUAUUGUGAUAAUUUAUCUGUGAUAGAACAACUACUUUUGUUAUAACACCAUUACUUGCGCCUGUAUGAAGUUUUAUGUAAAUCUGUAAAAAAUAAAGAAGUUAUUAAAGAA